AUCAUAAACUUGGCAGUUAUAAUAAAAUUCAUUACGACGCGGCGGAAGCUCAAACGCGCCAAAAUAAAGGAGCGAAGCCCACACAAGGCACGCUGAGGCCAUCGCUAGUCGAUCACUUCAUAAUAGAGCACCUUUAGUUGCCUUGUCGUCAUCGGACAGUGUGGACAGUGCCUUAGUGACAAGUAUUUGUGACCUGGUUCCUCCGAAACGCAUCCUUAAAGGACCUUCCGUACAAGGAGAGAAAAUGUCGAAGCUAGCCGUCACGGAUUUCAGCAAACGAACCGGCAGCCCUUUCCAAAGUAAAACUGGAAGGGAAACAGAAAAUAGCAGCAUCGUACACGAAGAAGUCUUCGAAAAGGUUUACGAGAGGCAGAAGGAAAAACAAAGUGAGUUGCAGCAAAAAGUUAAUAAGAAAACAGCGGAGAUUCAAGCUAAUAAACCAAGCGACGGAUUCUUCACUGAAGUCGUCACUCAUGGUGCGUUUACUUCUAAAGCAAACAACAAUGGAAACAAUACGAAAACUUCUACUAAAUUACCAGUUGCUAAAACCACAGCGGCAAAUAACACAAGUAAUGGUUCCAAGACUUCAUUACUUGGAUUUCCAUCAUCAGCUAAUGAUUUAGCUCUAGACGCCAAAUCAGACCUUGAGUCUGACCCAAACAUUUCAAAAGAAGUUAAAGAUAAGGUGAUAGAAAAAUUGUUUGCGCUCGCAUCGAUCAGUCAAUAUAUUUACGAAUCUAAAGUUAGAAUUAUGACUGAAUUUGAAAAGUUCAAGGAUGUGCAUCUAAAGGCAGAAGGCAGAAGAGAAAAGGAACACGCUGAGCAACUGUACAAAUUAAAUAUGAAUUUCCAGUCAGAGGUCGUGCAAGCCAUACAACGGCUGAAAAGUGAGCUGGAUAUUUCUAGUAACGUUACAAAGUCCGUUGAAGAUAACGAAAGCGUUGCAGCUACAGAUAAUUCUAUGGAAUUCAACACAAAUGAAGAAUCACAAGAUACUGUUGACAAUAGUGAAUCAGUAACGGAAAGAAAUGUCCCGGAAAAAAACAAUGUUAUUGAAUAAGUUCUGUUAAUAAUAGUUUCUUACUUU